GCAUUAGCGGGUCGCGCCGGAGGCGGGGUGGAGGCGGAAGUGGCGGCGCCGGCCCGGGGAGUAGGAAGGAACCGGGGCUGCAGCCCGAGUGGAGCGGCUGCCAGCCGAGGAGCAGGCGCGGCCGCGUCGCCAUAUUGCGGCCCUAAGCGGCCGCGACCGAGUCAUGGCUGAGACCUACGACUUCCUCUUCAAAUUCCUGGUGAUUGGCAGUGCAGGAACGGGCAAAUCAUGUCUCCUUCAUCAGUUCAUUGAGAAUAAGUUCAAACAGGACUCCAACCACACAAUCGGCGUGGAGUUUGGAUCUCGGGUGGUCAACGUGGGUGGGAAGACCGUGAAGCUACAGAUUUGGGACACAGCCGGCCAGGAGCGGUUUCGCCGGGAGACCUACAACUCGCUGGCCGCCUGGCUGACGGAUGCCCGCACGCUAGCCAGCCCCAAUAUCGUGGUCAUUCUCUGUGGCAACAAGAAGGACCUGGACCUGGAGCGUGAGGUCACUUUCCUGGAGGCCUCCCGCUUUGCCCAGGAGAACGAGCUAAUGUUCCUGGAAACUAGUGCUCUCACGGGUGAGAACGUGGAGGAGGCUUUCCUGAAGUGUGCCCGCACCAUUCUGAACAAGAUCGACUCAGGUGAGCUUGACCCCGAGAGGAUGGGCUCCGGCAUUCAAUAUGGUGACGCCUCCCUUCGCCAGCUGCGGCAGCCUCGGAGUGCCCAGGCUGUGGCCCCUCAGCCCUGCGGCUGCUGAGACCUGCGGAGCCAGGUGGGUUACUGGGGACUCGGGCUGCAGGGCUGGUCUCCUGACAGAGGGGAGUACGGAACAGAGACAGAGACACAGAAAAGGAGAGAUGACAAGAGAAACAGUGUGAGGAAGAGAGACACAAGAACGCUUGAGUUAAAGGGGCCAUCUUCCCGGCCCUGGGAAACCACCCGUCCUUCCCAUCCCACCGCCAGCUCUCUGCCCUGCAUCUCUGACCCUCCCAUUCAUAAUUCAUCAAACGUUUGUUGAGUGCCUCCUCUGCGCCAGGCCCUGUUCCCGGCACUGGGGCUAUAACAGUGGGGAAAACAGACAAAAAUCCCUGCCUUCAUGGAGGAGAUGGACAAUAAACAAGAUACACAAGGAAAUUGUAUAGUAGGUGGGGCGAUAAGAGCUAUGGAGAAGAAUCAAGGAGGGAGGGGAGGUGGAGGAGUGGAGUGUUAUAUAGGAUGAUGAGGGGAGGCCUCACUGAGAAGGUGACAUUUGAGCAAAGACCUGAAGGAGCUGAGGGAGGGGUCAUGUGGGGACCUGGGGGAAGAGUGUUCUAAGCAGAGAGAACAGCCAGUACAAAGCCCUGAGGUAGGGUCCUGCCUCCUCCCCUGGGUGAGGAAGUCCAAGGAGGCCAGCGCUGCUGGAGUGGAGUGUGUGCGUGCGUGCGUG